AGAAAAAAGUGGAGAAUUUUAAAAGUAUUGUUAUGUUACCACACCAUUCCGAGAAGAUAGAAAAGUGCUAUGUUUUGCAAAGGGGUCAGAUGUAGACUUGGCUAAACAGUCUGGUGCUGAGAUAGCUGGGGGAAGUGAACUGAUUCCUGACAUUUUAAGCCGCAAAUUCAAACACAUUGAUCACUAUGUUUCUGCACCUGAUAUCAUGAGGGAAAUAGUGCCAUUGAAAGCAAAACUUAGAAAAAAAUUUCCCAAUACGAAACGAAAAUCUGUUGGCAGAGAUUUACCACCAAUGAUUGAAUUGUACAGAAAAGGACAAGUUUAUAAAUGUCAUAAGGAAGGUGUUAGUGUCAAUGUAGGAAAGUUAAGCCAAUCAAAUGAACAAAUAGCAGAGAACAUAGAAACGAUGAUUCAAGCAAUUUGUUCUCAGAAACCACUGAGAUACGGUCCAUUUAUAACCAAAGCCGUAGUGACUGCAUUUCUUCUUGACUCACAUCGUAUCAAAUAUGAACACUGGCUGCCAACUGAAGAGGAUAAUUAUGAAGAUGAGGUUGAGGUGAAGAUAUAACGUUCUGAAAGAAUUGUGCUUUAUGUCAACUUUGAUGGCUGUCAAUGGCUCUCCCUGUGCCAAUCUUACUGACUGUCAGUGGACACUCUGUGCCAACUCUGCUAUCUAUGGCUUUCCUUGUGUCAACCUUGCUGACAGUCAGUGGCACCCUCUGUGUCAACCUUGCUGCCAGUCAGUGGCACCCUCUGUGUCAACCUUGCUGACAGUCAGUGGCGCCCUCUGUGUCAUUCUUGCUGACAGUCAGUGGCGCCCUCUGUGUCAACCUUGC